CUCUCAAUUAGAAUUGAGAACGGUAGUGCCAAUUGUCAAUACCUGAGCUAUCAACGGUUGUUUCUAUUGAACAUAAAAUGACAUUCUGGAAUAAAAUUCUUGUUCUUCUUCCUGCAUUUCUGGACAUAAGUGGAGAAUAUAUGAACGGAAAUAUGAAAUCCAAGAUAAAGAUGGGAGAAGCUCGUCAAGACUGCGAUGAUGGUGUUAAUGGGAAUGAUAUUGACUGGGAUGGAAAUCCUAGAAAUUAUACUUGUUAUCAUCCAGAUACCUUACUUCUUGGUAGCUCAACCAGAUCUGUUGUUGAAUGUAAAGAUCUCCCAUCAGAUUACUCACCCCAGCAUUUUUGCCUCGGAACACCUAUAAAGUAUCCACAUCCAGUUCCCCAUCAUGGAAAUCAUCGACCAAUCUGGCCGAAAUUUGGAGAAUACAGGUUUGUCCCGGCACAGCGUUGGUUGCAUAAUAUAGAACACGGAGCUGUUGUAAUGUUGUACCAUCCUUGUACACAUCCAAUCCUUGUACAACAACUCAGAGAUUUGUUGACAGGGUGCAUAAGGAAACAUAUUAUUACUCCGCAUAAUGAUCUUCCAGAAGACAAGCCGCUAGCCCUAGUAGUCUGGGAGUGCAGACUACUAAUGUCUAGUAAUAUAUUGUAUUCUAGCCGCUAUACUAGCCCUAGGAGCCUAGGGGUGCAGGCUACUAAUAUCUAGUAAUAUAUUGUA